AAUUGUCAUCUCAUUCCUCAUUAAUUUCUAGGUUUGAACAGUUCCUUAAGUUGUUUUAGUAUAGGCUCUGGUAAAAAAAAAAAAAAAAACAAACCAAAAAAACUGGAUAAUUAAAGUUAGAAAAUUCACCAUCACUAAAGGCUAUGAUUCCUCAGGAACAUUUAUGUUGAGAAAAACUGAAAUCUUUUAACUGGUGGCACUGUUAAUUAAUCUAUUAUAAUAUAAUACAAUAAUACUACACCAUUAUAUAUUAUUACUGUUAAUCCUAUUUGGUUAGCAAACCCAAGGAGGAAAUUAUGUUAAUUUUUCUAUGAGCAAGAAAAAUAUAAUUUUUUUUUUAGUGUAAUUUUCUGAAGAGCAGACUCUUUACACUCAGGCUGAGCAGCAGCUCCUUCACCUCCUUCACACAGCUGCCAAGCACAUUCCCUCUGGAUAAACUCUCCAAACAGCAUCUCAAGUGGAAUUUCUCAGUUGAAAUUGGCUCUAAAAUUUAAAACACAACCCAAAAAAACCCCUCUCUGCAUGUCUGGGAUUAUUUGGGAUGAAUUUUGAGCACAACAGGAUGAAAUCAACCCCAUAAUGAGAAAUUCCAGGUUUGCUCUGUGGCUGUUUUGGACCCCCAGCACAGAGCAGUGAGCAGGAAGUGCUGAGAAAAGCACUUGUAGCAUCUUUGAAAUUUCUAAUUAAGCUACUCUAGAUAUCACUGAAUUUUUUCCUCAUAUUUUUGAAAUUCUCUUGCACAUGGAGAACCCUCAAGCUCCUGUUGACAUUGAUACAAAACCCCACUGAUAGUAGAGUGAAAGCACCAGGCAAGUUAAACAGAACAAAUACUUCCAGAUAAUUAUUUUCCAAGGGAAGCUUUCAGCUGAUGAAAUAAUAUGGGCAGAAAUGUGGAAAAAAAUAAGUAGAAUAUUGAGCAAGAAGGUUCUUUCCUGCCCAAACCAUCCUAGGAUUCUGUGAUUCCAUGUUAAAUAAAAAAAGGUGCUACUUAGUUGGCUUGACAGGGAAAAAUAAACAUGAAAGGAAUCAAUUUAAGAGAUAUUAAAACCUGAUACAACAAAUAAAUGUUCUGCUUUAUAUUAAACAAUCUGAUUGUUUUGUUGGUUUUAUUCUUUAUUUCUCAGUGGUAAGAGCUGUGAGAAGCUGGUGUGAAUUCCAGUUGUUUCAUGUUUAAAAAAUGAUUAAUUUAGAGCAGAAUGGAUCUCAUGAAGAUUUUAAGGGCAUGGCCUAGGUUUGAAAGGAAAAUCUACAAAACUAAGAAAGUUUAUGAAAAAUUGGGAAUUAUGCUGGGAAAGGAUAUUGUUACAUAUACAUCUAUAUAUACAAAACAUGAAUGAAUAUAAAUUGGGGAUGGAUAAAUGUAUAUGAAUUAGUGAGGAAAUGGUUCUAAUGAUCAAAGGAGAGAGUCUUUGGAUUGUUAUCUUUUAGAUAAAGUAUUUAGUAAAUUUUGCUACUCUGGGGAAAGGAAGAUAAAUUGUUUCAAGGUGGAACGUCUGAAGUUACAGAAGGGAAGGCCAAAAGUGCCACAAAGGGCUCGGUUAAGGAAGAAUGGUUUCCAUGGGAAAAUAAAUAUUUAUGAAAAAUAACUGGGGCGUCAAAAUCACAGAAAAGACCCUGGUGGUAAGAAAAGGAAGGAGAAAGACACUAAACUUGGAGGGAGAGAAGGUGAGAGGUUCAGGUUUCACUUUCAGCCAUGAAUUCUUCAGAAGAUAACAGCUACCAACAGAGAAAAGAAGAUGUCACAUCUCCUUUGGAAGACGCUGCAAGAGAAAGGAGAAGGAUUUGGGUCAUCGAGGCCUGUGCUGUAGAUAAAGGUGUGAAAAGGAGGCAUCUGGGGCACCGCAUCCCCUCCCGGGCCGGCGUGCGGGGCGAGGCAGGCGCCGGGCUGCGGCUGCAAUCGGUGCGUUGCCCCUUUAAUUGUGUCCCCAGCCCUCGGGCGUCUCUGUCCAACGCCCACGUCAGCAAAUACCUUUUGUUUCUCUCCCGUUCGGGCUCGCAGGGCUCGGGGGCUGCGGGAGCAGCGGCGCGUCGCCUCCAGGCACGGCGAGCCCCGAGGCGGAGCCGGGGAUCCCGCAGCCACCGCCCGCUCCCCCCGGCUCGGCCCGCAGCUCCCGCCGGUGAGCGGCGGCUCCGCACGCCGAGCAACGUUUCAUUUCACCUUUUCUGGGAUGGAGAUUUCGUCUCACCAGUUUCACCUCUUGGAGCAACUAAAUGAGCAGCGCAGGCAGGACUUGUUCUGUGACUGCAACAUCCUGGUGGAGGGCAAGGUCUUCAAAGCCCAUCGCAAUGUGCUGUUCGCCAGCAGUGGCUACUUCAAAAUGCUCCUUUCGCAGAGCUCGAAGGAGACGAGUCAGUCCACGACUGCCACUUUCCAGGCCUUUUCUCCUGACACCUUCACAGUUAUCCUAGAUUUUGUGUAUUCAGGCAAAUUGUCCCUCACUGGUCAGAAUGUGAUCGAAGUCAUGUCAGCUGCCAGCUAUCUGCAGAUGACAGAUGUGAUCAGCGUGUGCAAAACCUUCAUCAAGUCGUCGCUGGACAUCAGUGAGAAGGAGAAGGAUCGCUACUUCAGCCUGUCAGACAAAGAUGUGAGUUCCAACGGCGUGGACAGAUCCUGUGUGUACAGUGGAGGCUGGAGGGCAGAGAGCAGCCCCCCACAUUCCCACUCCAGCCCAGACCCUGGGACUUGUAUGAUGGGUGGAAACACUUGGAGCAAUUUCAACUAUUACCCCACCUCUCAAAGAAACGCCCAACAGCAGCUGCCCAAACAUGAGCAGCGACAGGAUUCCAUCAAGAAAUCCCGGCACUUGGGGCUGCAGCAACCUUCUGACAUCCCCCACUAUAAAUCAAGCAAGCUGGAGGACAGGGCUGCUGAGCCUGCCAGCCACGCUGCACCAGCAGAGGAGCAAGUCCACAUUGACACCGAGGUUGAAGCUCCUCACGUGGGCUACCAGUUUGGCCAAGGGGCUGAGGUGAUGCCCAGGGGCUUGGCUGUGCCUCAGCAGGAGCACGAGUCAGCCCGCUCCUCCAGUAAAUCCAAGUCCUCCAAAGCUGAGGAGCAGUAUGGGAACAUGCCCUCCAUCCUGGGAGUCAUGGGGAACUGGGCUGAAGAUGACCUGUCCAGGAUGAGGUUCAAGUGCCCAUUCUGCAGCCACGUGGUGAAGAGAAAAGCUGACCUGAAGCGUCACCUUCGGUGCCACACGGGAGAGCGGCCGUACCCCUGCGAGGCGUGUGGCAAGAGAUUCAGCAGGCUGGAUCACCUCAGCAGCCAUUUUCGAACUAUCCACCAGGCGUGCAAGCCCAUCUGCAGGAAAUGCAAGCGCCACGUCACCGAGCUGACGGGACAGGUGGUGCAGGAGGGGACCCGGCGCUACAGACUCUGCAAUGAGUGCCUGGCUGAGGCUGGAAUCGACAGCAUCCGCAUUGACUUGGAGGCUGAGGCUCCUCUGGAGUUCCCACAGGAUGGGGACAAAGAUUCCAGGUGGCAUUAUGGGGAGGACAACAGGUCUGAUGUGGAAAUCGUGGAGGACGGCUCGACCGACUUGGUUAUCCAGCAAGUGGAUGACAGCGAGGAUGAAGCAGAGGAGAAGGAUGUGAAACCAAAUAUUAGGUAGUUGGAAAUCAAGGAUUGGGAAUUCUGUGGAAGAGGGAGAAUGUACUGUGAGCAAAUUGCCCUCUGCCAGCUGGUGGUGAUCCUGCAGAGACAAGUGGUUGCAUGAAUUUAUGGACACGUCAUUGAGGCCGUGCUGGUUUGUUAGCAGAAACCCCCACCAUGUGUUGUUUUGGUUUAAAAAAAAUCCAUCCUGAAGUUCUGGAUGAACAAGGAAACUGCAAUAUUAGGUGGAUAAUUUUUAUAGCAGGCAAUGGGGAAUGUCUCAAAGCCUCUUGCAAAGGAAAUUAGGUUGAAAUACUUUUAAAAAGUCACAGAUUAUUGUAAAUUGCCCAUUUUUUACACUUGCAGAGAGGUGGGGUUUAUAUCAUUUGGCAAUAAGGACCCCCCACACCAGACAACCUCUCUUGAGUGCUUAGAAGUGAAGAGAAUCUUCCAUGAAAUUUCAUGAAAUCUUCAUGUUAUGAUAAGGAAAAAGGCAGCUAAUUAAGAAAGAGCAUUUAAAAUGUUUUGGCACUUUUGUCUGGAAAAGGACUUCUGUAAAAUGUAUUAGGAUGAGGUGAAUCUUUAGUAAAUCCUAUGUUCAAGACUUAUUUCUUUAAAAGAAAAUAAGCACAUAAAUGCUUAACACAUUAAAAUUAAAAAUUUGGAUCAUUAAUUGAUGCCAGUAGCUGUUUUAGUCUCAAAAUCAGAAUCUCAGACUGGGCUGUUUUAAUAAGCACUAUAAAAAUACUCUUUUUUUUUUUUUUUUUUUUUAAUAUUUUGAAACCUCUCAAAAGUGCCCAGACAUGGUGGGAUUGUUGGGGUGCAGGGCCAGGUGUUGGACUUGGAUGAUCCUUGUGGGUCCCCUCCAGCUCAUAUUGAUAUUGAAUAUUGAUAUGGAUGGAUAUUGAAUUCUGUGCAGCUUCUCCAGUCUGUACCAGUGAGACCAAGAUGUACUGGAAGUUCUAGACACCAUAUUUGUGUCAUUUCACCCAGAGAUGAGUAAUGAUGAUGAAAUUUUAUUUCUACUUGGUUUUGUUGCUUAGUGAGUUUCUCUUACCCAGCACUGUCAACAGCAGAGGAGCAGGAGAUGCUCCUGGGCUCCUGCUGCUCUGCAUUCCUUGGACAGAUCUGAGUUAUUCCAAUUCUUGGGAUCAUGGGACUCAAUGGCUGUAGACUUAGAAAAUUAUAUUUUUUUUUCUUUUUUUACAGCUUUGUAAGCAUGUUUGGCUGAACCCCAGAGUUUCUUACACAACAAUCCCAUAUAUGUAUAUAUAUAUAUCUAUACUAUAUAAUCUUUCCCAGGGACAGUUAAAAAGUCACUAUUUUAUUUUUAGUUGUGUAAAAACUGUAUAACUUUCUUGUAUCAUCAUGACCACAGAGUGCAGCAUUUUCAUUCCAGGCUGCAGGUGACCAACAAAUGCCAACUUGAGAACUUCAUGCAAAAUUCAGUGUAAGCAUUAAGCACCCUCCUCUCCAUGGGAAGCAUCCCAAGGACACAAGAAAUGGUGUUUUAUUGUUCCUACAAAAAUUAUAAUUUAUUGGUUUAGGUUUGGGGAGGGGGUGACUUAAAAAUCUUUGUGAUAUUAUGGGACACUUGAUCAGCAGCCCCAAAAAUGGAUUUGAUGUGGAAAUAGACAUUUAAUCUCUUGGAGCUUUUAAACUCCUAAAAUGCCUGUUAUGAAGUGGCUAAGAAAUAUUCCUGAGCAACCUGGAUUAAAUCAAAUACACAGAACAAGAAAUAUUUAUAUGAAUAUGGAGUAACUUUGCUCAAAUUUCAUAGAUGUUUCCCUUUCCCUUUCCAUUAAAGAGUUUGACAACAAAUCCCAGGUAUCAGUGCCUGCUGUCCCAGGAUAAAAAGUGACUGGAAUUGGUUUGUGUGUGUUUGGGGAUGCAUGAAGGGGAGGGGAAAAAUAAAUUGUUCUCUCCAGGUCUGAAAUCUUAACUGCCAGCUGCAAAGGUCAGACUAUUAAGUGUUUCUUAAUAGUGGGGGUGUUUUUAGAAGCAAAGGGAUUUUUGGAUCAAUACUCAAUUUAAUUAGAGAUCAUCAAUCUAACAGUACUGAGGACCAGAUGCUUCUGAAGUGGCUCCAAAUGGGCAAAUGGAACAAUCUAUCCAUAGGAAGAUUUUACUUUUUAAACACAGGCAGAUUAAUUGUUGAUUUGCUGGGCAAAUAAGGGCUUUUUUUUUUUUUUCUGGAUUUAUAUGUUGUUAUUCUCAGUAGUAUAACUAGAUAUCUGUAAUUUUUAAAGUAUCUUUUUAAGCUUGGAGGUUUAGUCAAGGCUGCAGUUCCCACAGGUCAAUGAUGUUUUUCUGUUUUUCAAAAGUUGCCAUUUUUACAUUUGUUACCUUAAUUUUGGUCGUUGUUUCCUUAUUUUUGUAUUGCAAGACAAGAUAAAUGUUAAGUGCCUUCUGUUUUCAACAUCCUUCAUUUUACACUCAUGUAUUUUGCUUUUUUUUUUUUUUUUUUUUCUCUAAAUGAAAGUAUUUGUUUUCUUUUUGUCUC